AUGACCGGGCCCGUCCCGGUGGGUCCCGGCUGGUUCUACCUGUGCGGGAGGGGUGGCGGGGAGAUCGCUGCCCGCCCGGAGACCGGACUGGACGCCGCCUGCGCCCCCCCGCACUGCGGGACCCUCUCCCCGCCCCCUGAGACUAUCCCCCGGGAGCGGCCCCCGCUUCACCCCCCGCCGCCCCCCCCGGGGGCCUACGGCUACCCCCGGCCGGGGGGUUCCAGCUACCCCCCCGGGGAGCCGCUCCCCGGCUCCGGGGAUUGCCGGCUGUACGCCUGCCCGGCGGUGCCGAGUUGCAUUGCCGUGGCGCCGGGUGCCGCCCCGGCCGGGGGGGAGCCGCCCGCGGAAGGCUACGCGCCCUGGCCCCCGGCGACUCACUGGGAGCCCCGCUUCCGCUGUCCCAAGGAGAGGGCGGAGCCGAGACCGCUGUGGAAACCCACAUUCCCAGACACGGUGCCCCUCCAGUGCGAAGGCGGGGUAUACAGGAGAGCCCGGAAGAAGAGGGUACCUUACACCAAACUCCAGCUGAAGGUGUUGGAAGGCGAGUACGCCGCAAACAAAUUCAUCACGCGGGAGAAGCGGCGGAAAAUUUCAGGCAGCGUUAACCUGUCGGAGAGGCAAGUCACCAUCUGGUUCCAGAACAGGAGGGCGCCUGCUCACCCCUGGGCGGGCACGGGGGGGAGGGGGGACCCGCGGCACAGGGACCCGGCCGCCGUCAGCCCCCACCGCCGGGGUCCGGGGGAAGCGGGAGCCAGGAGCGACCACCUACCGCAGGCGCCCGGGCAUCACCCGCCGCCGCCGCCGCUCCGCUGGGAGCGGCAGGGGGAGGGGAAGGGCGAGCGAGGGAGCCACCCACCCCUUGCUGAGCACCCCCAGCCCGUCACUACCGAGCGGCCCCUCCCGGGAGCCUGUUCCCAUGGACCCGGAAUCUCUGGCGCCAGCGGAAGGUAG